AUGACAUCCAAUCUUCCAACAUCAACAGGUAAUUGUCGAGCUGGUGACAGCUGUUCAUUCAUCCAUGACCUGACGAAACAUCCUAGCCGUGCUACGGCAAAUAUAAUUGUGCCCGAGGUUUCUCAGGCUUCGACAUCGGAGGCUACACAAGGAGGACAACGCUUGAAUCAGAAUCAUUCAUCACAAGCUGUCACAAAUCCUGUUCCAGCGUCACGGGUAGUAUCAAAGCCGGUACCACAGGCACAAACCGAGAAUCCUCGAGAAUUUCAGCUUGGACAGAUUCGAAGGCGAUUCUCUCCCAAGGAGAUUCGUCCGUCUGGAAAUGCCGAGGGUACUACUAUACUGAGGUUUAACCUCACUCCGUCUGAUCCGGAUUUUCCCUUUGAAAUGACUGCAUUGGAGUGCUCUGUCUCGGUACCUGCCCAAUAUCCUACCUCGCCACCUACUUUGAGGGUGGAAAAUAAAGAUAUCCCUAGAGGAUUUUGUAUCAAUGUCGAAAAUGGCUUUGAUGAUUUGGUUAAAGAGAAAGAGAAUGCUACCUUAUUGGAUUUAAUAAAAUCCCUGGAUAAACAUUUGGAAGAAUUUCUAUCUGCGCAAAAAGCAGAGACAGUCAAGAUUGUCAUGAAUAAAGACACGCGACAUAUUUCCCUUUCUGGUAGAGAAGAACAACCUCCGGGUACACCACCGAAGUCUGAAUUUGCAAUGAAAGAUUCGGAACAACCUAAGGUUACUCCAAGUAAACCAACUGUAAGUUUCACAGAAUCCGAAAAGUCUGAGGCGUCGAGGAAAAGAGAGGUAGAGACUAGGCAAUUGGAAGCGAGAAUGGGUAGAUUGCCUCUUUACAAGAAGUCUAGUGACGGUAUUGCUUAUACCGUUCCGAUUGAACCUCGGAGACGUGGAGAAUUGCCACCAGCAAUCAAAGCUGUCAAGGCAAUUCAACUUUUUGUACCCACCAUCUAUCCACUCGAACCUUGUCGAAUCAGAUUGGAAGGAGUUGAUGCUCCGGAGGCAAAGUCUGUGGAGAAGGGAUUUGGGCAGAAAGCGGAGGAGGCAAAGGCUUUGAACUUGAUGGGCCAUAUCAAUUACCUUGCACAAAACAUGCACAUUCUAGCGAAGACUGUUUUGGAGACGGAAUCAAAACCAUCACCAGUUGUACAAACACCGCCACUUCUUGUUGAAGAACCCAAAUAUCUCAAGGGAAAGGGUUUGGUUACUGAAGAAGCCGAGGAGAAGAGUCACAUUCAAUAUAUCGCUCGACCACCUGAAUGGACAAUUGUCAACACCGAAGAUGCUGACUACUCCGACUCCGACUCAAUGUACUCUUACGACAGCGGAGACGACUUGGAGUCGGAAGAUGAAGGAGUUGAAGCCGAACACGUACUUGAAAACCAAAUACCAAAUCCUGAACGUGGUACAGCUAUAUCAUUUCCCUUCAUCGAGCUUUAUGGCAUCGAGUUGUUGGAGGUUACUACUUUGAACAUCACCGUCAAAUGUUCUCGCUGUAGGGAAAUUACCGAGAUCAAAGGUCUCAAAACUGGAGUUCAAAAAACAGAAAGUUGUAGGAAGUGUGCGACGGCACUUGUGGUCUGUUACCGUCGAGAUUUCGUUCACGCGAACAACGUCAGGGCUGGAUUUUUGGACUUGGAAGGAUGUGUAGUUGGUGAUAUGUUACCUAGUACAUUCUCACCAACAUGCUCUACAUGUUCCACCGUUUACCCAGCUCCAGGUAUCGUCUCUAUCCGCGGUGAAACAAUCACAAACAUUUGUCGGGAAUGUCAUUCCAAAUUCACCUUUUCAAUCCCCACCAUCAAGUUCCUGCAAAUAUCCUCUUCAGCAUCCCCUCACAAUAUACUCCCUAGAAAAAAGAAAGAAACACUAGGUAUCGUCCCGGGCACUCCUCUUCCCAAAAAUGGUCUUUGUAGACAUUAUGGAAAAAGUUACCGCUGGUUUCGCUUUAGCUGUUGCGAAAAGGUGUAUGCAUGUGACAAGUGUCACGAUGAAAAGGAAGCUCAUGUAAAUGAGUGGGCUAAGAGAAUGAUUUGUGGAUGGUGUAGUCGGGAGGGUCUUUACCGACCAGAAGAUUGUGCGGGGUGUGGAGAGCGGGUUAUUAGUAGAAAAAGGGGAGGAGCGAGUUUUUGGGAGGGCGGAAAGGGGACGAGGGAUAAGACAAAGAUGAGUAAAAAGGAUAAAAGGAAGUAUAAGAGGGUUGGGGGUGGGGUGGUUAAGAAAACUUGA